AUGUCAGCCCAAGCUAAGAUCUUAUCUUCUGAACCAACUGAACUUGAAUUGCAAGUUGCCCAAGCCUUCAUUGACUUGGAAGCUCACACUCCAGAAUUGAAGGCUGAUUUGAGAUUGUUACAAUUCAAAUCCAUCAAGGAAAUUGAUGUCGCCGGUGGUAAGAAGGCUAUUGUUGUCUUUGUCCCAGUUCCAUCUUUGAGUGCCUACCACAAAGUCCAAAUCAGAUUGACCAGAGAAUUGGAAAAGAAGUUCCCAGACAGACACGUUGUUUUCUUGGCUGAAAGAAGAAUCUUGCCAAAGCCAGGUAGAACUUCCAGACAACAACAAAAGAGACCAAGAUCCAGAACUUUGACUGCCGUUCACGACAAGAUCUUGGAAGACUUGGUUUUCCCAACUGAAAUUGUUGGUAAGAGAGUCAGAUACUUGGUCGGUGGUAACAAGGUCCAGAAAGUUUUGUUGGACUCCAAGGACUCUUCCAACGUUGACUACAAGUUGGAAUCCUUCCAAUCCGUUUACAACAAGUUGACUGGUAAACAAGUUGUCUUUGAAAUCCCAGGUGAUUACUAA